CUCACCAGUCAACCUGAGACACAGCCAGGCCGCACGGGAUCUACUCUUUCUCUGGAUUAUAGCCUCACUUCAAGGGUUAUUAUGGAGCCUGAAUUCACAAAAAUGAGGCUAAAGAUGGCUGUGCUGCUUCUGCUAACAAUCCAGCUGAAAACAGAUGUUUCCAAGGCGAUGCAGGUGACCUCCACAGGGCCACAGACAACCUAUAAGGCCCAGGGGGAGUCAGUGAACCUGGGUUGCACUUACACCCCGGGGCCCCAAGACACAGGGGAGCUGGACAUCGAGUGGUCCAACGUCAGCCCAGAUAUGACACAGAAAGACCAACUGAUCUUAUCAUUCACAGGGGGGUCGAUGCACCGCUACGGCGACCCGUCUGUGUCCAGUAGACUGACAUUCACCGGGGACCCCAAGAAGGGCGACGCCUCCGUCGCCAUCAGGGAUUUACGGCUCAAAGACACAGCCACCUACCAGUGCAAAGUCAAGAUGGCACCGGGAGUGGAUGUUAGAAAAGUCACGGUGGUUGUAAUGGUUCGCCCGUCAGUGCCAAAGUGCUGGGUUGAUGGCGGCGAGGAGAGAGGAGGGACUGUCUCCCUUCGCUGUAAAUCCUCUCAGGGGUCCACUCCUCUUACCUACAUAUGGAAGAGAGAAAGUGGUGGUGCAAUUCCAGCCACUGCAACCCAAGACCAACAGACUGGAGAGCUUCUGAUAAGGAACCACACAGACGGCAACAUUGGAAGUUACAUGUGUGAGGUGCAAAAUUCUGUCGGCAAAGCGCAGUGUAGAUACUCUCUGAAGGCAUACAACCCCACCAACAAGGCGGGUGUCAUCGCCGGAGCUGUCAUAGGUGCUCUCCUGCUGCUGCUUCUCCUCCUGCUCCUCAUCUGGCUCCUGUGCUGCUGCUGCCGUAAACGCCGCUACCAGAAGGAGGUUGCAAAUGAAAUCAGGGAGGACGCCCCGGCUCCAGAGAGCAGACCCACCAGCAGGGCCUCCAGUCUGCGCUCCGUGUUGGGAUACCGCACUCACCCCGGUGUUAUCUACAGCUCUGUAAGGAGCCACCUGCCCAGCAGGCAGUCAGGCCGCAGCGCCGUCUACACAGGAGGGAGCAUCAGCACACCGCCGUCUGUUACUGCGGGGGGGAAACCUGCAGAUCUCAAAUACGACCCUAAAUAUGGAUAUCCAGUGUAACAUCAAAACAAACCACUGGGAGUGUUUUAUUUUCAACAAGACUUUGUAAGAACACUGUUCAUUUUUUGUAGGCCAGAUGGUGCAAUACAACAUAUUUAAUAGAAGAGUAAUGGGAGUGCUGGUCUGUGACUACUGGGGACUUUUAUUUAAUCUUAUCUCAGACCUUGGACAAACAACAGGCUGGCUUUUAUAAUGCACUGUGCCACAUCAUUAUUAUUGUAAAAAUGGAAAAGCUCUCAUAAUAUAUGUCAUUUUUAUACAGAUUUAGCCUGUACUGUUUGUAUAGUGUAUGUGUAUAACAACUUUAUAUCUGUGCUUUUUGUUCCUCUAUGA